AUGUACAGCCAGGUAGAGCAUCCUGCUGGAGGCUACAAGAAGCUCUUUGAGACCGUGGAGGAGCUGUCCUCUCCAGUGACUGCCCACGUCACAGGUAGGAUUCCCACCUGGCUGCGAGGAAGCCUCCUGAGAUGUGGUCCUGGCUUGUUUGAGGUGGGCUCAGAGCCCUUCUACCACCUCUUUGAUGGCCAGGCACUGCUCCACAAGUUUGACUUCAAGGAGGGGCACGUCACCUACCACCGAAGGUUUGUCAGGACUGACGCCUACGUGCGAGCCAUGACGGAGAAGAGGAUUGUGAUAACGGAGUUUGGCACCUACGCCUACCCAGACCCCUGCAAGAACAUCUUCUCCAGGUUUUUCUCCUACUUCAAAGGUGUGGAGGUGACAGAUAAUGCUCUGGUGAAUGUCUAUCCCGUGGGUGAGGAUUACUAUGCUUGUACUGAGACCAACUUCAUCACCAGGAUUAACCCAGACACCCUGGAGACCAUCAAGCAGGUGGAUCUGUGUAAGUACGUGUCCGUCAACGGGGCAACGGCUCAUCCCCACAUCGAGAACGAUGGCACCGUUUACAACAUUGGGAACUGCUUUGGGAAAAACUUUGCCCUGGCCUACAACAUCAUCAGGAUUCCUCCUCUGCAGGCAGACAAGCAAGACCCCAUGAACAAGUCGGAGGUGGUGGUGCAGUUCCCCUGCAGUGACAGAUUUAAGCCCUCCUAUGUCCACAGCUUUGGGCUGACCCCAAACUACAUUGUGUUUGUGGAGACACCAGUGAAAAUCAACCUCCUCAAGUUCCUCUCCUCCUGGAGCCUUUGGGGAGCCAACUACAUGGACUGCUUCGAGUCCAACGAGACCAUGGGGGUGUGGCUUCACGUGGCAGAGAAGAAGAAAGGCAGGCUCCUCAACCUCAAGUACCGCACCUCGGCCUUCAACCUCUUCCACCACAUCAACACCUACGAGGACAACGGGUUCCUGAUCGUGGACCUGUGCACCUGGAAGGGGUUUGAAUUUGUUUACAACUACCUGUACCUGGCCAACCUCCGGGCUAACUGGGACGAGGUGAAGCGGCAGGCGGAGAAGGCGCCGCAGCCCGAGGCCCGCAGAUACGUCCUGCCCCUGAGCAUCGACAAGGCUGACACAGGGAAGAACCUGGUCACCCUGCCUUACACGACAGCCACAGCAACACUGCGCAGCGACGAGACAAUCUGGCUGGAGCCAGAGGUGAUUUUCUCAGGGCCACGUCACGCCUUUGAAUUCCCCCAGAUCAACUACAGGAAGUACGGUGGGAAGCCGUACACGUACACCUACGGGCUGGGGCUGAACCACUUUGUCCCAGACAGGCUUUGCAAGCUGAAUGUUAAAACCAAGGAGACCUGGGUGUGGCAGGAGCCGGACGCGUACCCGUCGGAGCCGAUCUUCGUUUCCCACCCGGAUGCGCUGGAGGAAGAUGAUGGGGUGGUGCUGAGCAUCGUGAUCAGCCCGGGGGUGGGGCCCAAGCCUGCCUUCCUCCUCAUCCUCAACGCCAAAGAUAUGAGCGAGGUGGCCAGGGCCGAGGUGGAAGUGAACAUUCCCGUGACAUUCCAUGGGCUCUUCAAGAGAGCGUGA